UGUGUUUUGAAUUUGUUAUAGACAAAAUGAACCAAUGCCUGAGACUUCUGGUGAUUUACUUCAGAAACCAUGGCAGGAAAUGGAUUUAGAUUGGAGUGAAAAGUCUUUCGAUGGCCUUUUGAAGGAAAUAGAAGAAUAUACACCUCUGGCUGAUUUUGAAGAUAACUCAGAGAUUUCACACGUCAACAUCUUAUUAUUAGGACGAAUUUCGUCAGGAAAAUCCAGCUUCUUCAACACCAUAGAUUCUGUAAUCAAAGGGAGACUAUCUCUAAGGUCACGUGCCGGAUGUGCUAGUUCUAGUUUGACAAAAUCACUUGAUGUUUACAAAGUAAAAAGAAAAGGAAACUCAAAGUCUUUUAACUUUAGAAUGAUUGAUUGUCGUGGUUUAGAGGAGGACCAAAGUCUUAACUCUCGCGAUGUCGAGGCAAUUCUGGAUGGUCACGUGAUGGAUGGAUAUGUGUUUAAUCAAAGUACGCCUAUUACUAAAGACAGUGCUGAGUUUAGGAAAGAUCCUACCUUAGCUGACCGUGUACACUGUGUCAUCUUUGUGGUUGAUGGUUCGAAUCCACCCGAAAUAACAAUGUCCCAAAAUGUUGAAAAACAAGUGAAAGAACUCCAAGAAAUGAUGAAUACUCGAAAAAUUCCACAAUUGAUCCUCCUAACCAAAGUCGAUACGAUGGCAACGGUCAAAGAAGACCUAUCUAAAGUAUUUCACAGCAAAAGCGUCUUGGAGAUGAGGGACAAAGUCGCCAUGUCGUUUGGGUUGCCUCCCUAUACCGUUCUACCGAUGCAAAAUAUCGCAAACUCUCCAAAUGUCUCGAAAGAGAUUAAAAUACUGACUUUAUACAAUCUGCGUCAGAUACUCCGAGCUGCAGAUGAUUUUCUCGAAAAUCACGAAGAAGAGUUAUCAAGAGAUAAAUAUAAAGGAGCUCAGACUAAUUCUUAUUAGAAUAUAAAAGACAAAUUUCCUCCAAAAGACAAAAAAGAUAGGAAUAUUUUGACCACAAGAAAGCCUUAAUGGGUCAAAAUUGGUGUUUCAUUGUUGCUAUGCUAUAAUUUACCUUGUAGAUUGAUCGGAUUUUUUUAAAACAAUUUAUAUCUUUAAAAAUAUAUAUGAAAAAAAGCAUCUGAACUGGAUAUAUAAAUUUGCAUCUUGUUUUUGUAUAAUUUAUCUCAUACUUUGAUUGCAACUGUUUUGUAGAAAUUAACCUGGAUUUAUUUUAGAUCACGCAAGAGCUUGUCAUUCUACUUAUAAUGUCAUAUUAACCUUCCGAGGAUAAAAAAGUUUUAAUACAAACCACUUCAUGAACAAAAAAUGUUUAAAGAUUAUACAGUAAAUAAACAAAAAGAAUUCACUGAAUAAACACCGUAGUGUUUUUUAAACUUGAAUAUUUCAUUUUUUUUUUAUAUGUAAAAAGUAAAAACGUUCAAUUUUUUAACGCUGUAGACAUGUUUAUUCUCUGCAAAAGAUAAAAUCACUUAAACAUGUUUACAGCAGUUUUUUUUUUAUUUCAAAGUAUUUUAACCAAAAGAAAGUACUUAAUUUAAAAGUUUUAAAUUGUAUAUUCAAAUUUCCAUAUUAAUUGGACCAAUAGCAACUGUUUUAAAAUUGGAGGAGGGGGCUCCCCAAACAAUCUGUUAGUAAAAGGUCAUGUAUGGACCUUUCUUUAGCUUUUUGCUAUUUCUUUUCAAUUGCUGGAAUUUGCCUAUCUUUGACUUGACGUGGUAUCUUUUAUUUUAAGCUCACUGGGAUAUAUCGAGUCGACAUGAAUGGAAGUAACUAAUGUAAAUUGACAAUACGUCGUCAAUAUAUCCCAAUGCCGAGUUGAAGGUUGUUUUUUUUUUUAAAUAUAAUAAACAGAUAUUUUAUUUUACCUUUUUAUAAGUAUUUUUUCUAAUGAUAAAGAUACAAAUUAUGACACAAAAUGACAUGAUUCUUUUCGUAUGUAUUGCUGUUGCUUACAAGCUGAAGGUAAAUGUAAAUGUCGUAAAAUAAAAUAAAAUUUUAGAAAAAUG